CAUGAAUCUACUCUGGGAAAAAAAAUGUGAAUUUCUGUCUUUGUCACCAUGCCUAUGACAAAGGGUUGAUUCUCUUUCUAUGAAUGAUGGUAUUUUUAAAUUCUAGAUGCACAUUCUUCAAUGUUUCAUUUAGUCAGUGAGGUCUAAAGUCUGACCAGUAAUUAACAAUAAAUCAGCAGGACUGAUGUGGCUCAUAAAGGGUGUUCGAUGAUUAUCACCUCUGAUAGUGAUAAUCAUGAGAAACCCAUGAUUGGUCUCUAUCUGUGGGUCUGCUGCUGCUGCCGCCGUGGGGGAGGUGAGCAGACAUUGAACUCCCCACUCAAGCCAAACCACAUGUGAGCUCAUGAAGAGGGACUUAACAAUGGUAUUUUUCUGCAGAGGAGCGGGAAAAAAAAAGUGAAAGCAGGGGCAUUCAUUGCUGGGCCAGGAGGGGGGCUGGUCAUGGGGCUUUGAUUCCGUGCAACCAAUGGAUGAUCCCAUCUGAAAUAGGCGAGGGGAGGCCGAAUCUCUGGCAAAACGUGAGCCAUUCAGAAAACAUGAACUGUUUGACUUCACACAGCCGGGACCCUCUAAUUAAACAAUAACAUACAGUUUGACAUAGAUAUGGUUGUCUAGUUUUAUGUUUGUUUGAGGCAAAGAGGAGUCAGUUGUUAAUUCCUAACAUGAACAUAAAGUGCUGGUAGAUUAGAACACAUGGAAUGAAUUCACACUGUGUGAAUGUGUUUAAGCAUGGAGGCUCAGUAGGGAAACAAAGGUAUUUUUGUCACUGUGAAAUACUAUCAUGUAGAUUUUCCAGCAAAGUUGCUGCGCACCAUUACUGGGCUGAACACCACAUGUGGAGAGUCAAAACAUUUAACCGCAGCAGCAGGAUUACUCAUGGAAGUUUGGCUGUUUGCUGAAAUCGUCCCAGGCUCCAACAAGAGUAUAAAGUUUAAACUUACACAGAGCAGAUGUCUCCAGGGCAGCAUGAUCAAAUGCAAUGACAACAGUACAGACAUUUGAAAGCCAACAAACAAAAAAAUGAUCCAUCAUGGUUAUUGAUUCUUGUGGAUUUGACCUCUAAUGGCUUGUGGGCUGAGCUCAAGAAGCAUUACAAGAUUCAUUUGAACCCCACAGCAAAUGUCUCAUUUGUGAAAGUGAAGGGAUGUUCAUAAAUGACUCCUUGUAAAACAAAGAACAGACUUUGAAGUCCUCACAUACAUAGCCCUUAAUGACCAAGCUCCAUCUGAUCUUAAAAGACCUCAUAGCUGCCUUUUAUCCCUAUAGAGAACUUUGCUCUCAGAGUGCAGAGGCUGAUUUGUGGUUCUCAGAGUUUCCAGGCAGAGCUUCAGCUACAAGCUAGUUUACUAUAAAACCAGCACCUAAAUUUACUUUUUAAUGAAGACAAGUCUACAAACUGACUCCAAAGCAUUUGGAAAAAAACCCUGAACUUCUGGUAAAAUAGUGUCAAACUCAAUUCGAGAAGGAUGCAAAGUCACAAUGGACUAACAGAUUACUGGAUAACUGACUGGAUUACGAUGAGAGGGCAGAGGCUAAAGUUCAUGAGUCCAUUUGAAAGCCAGCACUAGCACUUCAAUUCCAUUGUUUUGGGUUCGAGGGGCAAAUGGCUUCUCUGCUCUAAAGAUCAAGUUUAAUACCUUCUUUUUAAUAAAGCUUAGAGUUAGAGCUGCUCAGAAUCACCUGAUCCAUCCUUUAGUCAUGGUGCUAUAGGGGAUUUCCCACAAUGCACUGAGCACCUCUCCUUGGCUCCCGUUUUCUUUUCUCUCCAUACAUUUAUAUGCCACCAUUAUAUGUCACUAAUGUUGUGUUCUCUCUCUCUCUGCUGUAGUUUGUGUUUUGUCCGCUGUGCCGGUAUCUCUUCCUGCACGUUUCUGGUCUCAGGUCAAUGACCUCACCAACCUCUCCACUCCACUGUUUAUGCUCUUUUGCUUGUUCUCUGACUGUUUCUUUCUGCUAUCCCUUUCUCUCUCCACUUUGCCCUCACUCCAACCCGAAGAGGCUGACAGCUGUCCUCAUUGACCCUGGUUCUGUCAGAGGUCCUCUGCCUCUUCCCCUUAAAAAGGAGUUUUUUCUUCCCACUGUCACAAAGUGUUCGCUCAAAGGGAGUCAUUAAAUUUGUGAAGUGCACCGGGAUGACUGGUGUUGUGAUUUGGCACUGUAUGAAUGAAACUGAAUUGAAACCAAAUACGCUAUGACUCAACAGACACUGCCUAUUUGAAAAAUGUUGUCACUGUAUGAUCAGAUUCAGACGCUGGUCCAACCAUGAGAACUCUGCAGUGGUUUAAACCUCCUGUUUCACUGGAUGUGACUAUAUUUAUAACACUAGUUAUAAAAACGGUUACACUGGCCUGUGUGGCAUUUUGUGGUGACUGGUCUCCAUGUCAGUUAUUUUAAAGAAUCUAAUCAGGUGUGGAGAGAAAACUCUUGGCUUAGCUGUACAGAAGAGGGUAAAAAAAUGUAAACAUUGAACUCUGCCAAGGCUGGUUUGGUUUAGGUUAACAGUAACCUAAACCAAACAUACCACUGGAAGGUUCCUCUGUCGUAAAAUGUGCAGAAAAUACUUGGCCCCGUUCUUGUGUUGUUAUGAACCUGUACUACACAUAUAUUUCCUCUCUGUGAGUAGAGGUGGCCUUGGUUUUGAAGCUGGACAGCUCCGGCCCUUCUUCUGUCUCUGGUUGUGAGAAACAUAAUCUGCCUUCUAGAGGCUCCAGUUACCUUAAAGAAGCUCAUCUCUGUUUCCCUAACUGUAUAUUUAGAAGUACAUCACAUACUGCGCAACUCACAUGGCACAUUCCAAAAAUCAGUCCUGCUGCCCUUGUCACAGCAGAGGCACACUACUUCUAUUACCCACAGGCUUAAUUAUAAAAGCAAAUUUAGUCUCUGCAUUCAAAGGAAAUUUAAAAAAAACUUGAAUACUGUUGUCUUUGUUGUAUGAGCUGUAGAAAUCAAAAAAAUGAGCUUACUUAUCUCAAUGCAGUUUCCAGCUUCUGUCACCAUGGUUUUGUGACUUUUAUGAGAAUUGUCUGCCUCCAGCCCUCUAACCCCGGUAGUCUGCCGACACUGUCUCACCGCUGAAGUCCUGCAGCUGAAGUAGUAAGUGUAUUAAUACCCUGGACACAUAGCAGAGAGAGAGAGAGCAAGUCUGCAGAGCCAUUCACCUGUUCCUCUUGCUGCACCCAUGGGGUUUAACUAUCUCCCUUUUCCUCUUAUUUGACACACACAAAGUGAAAGAUAAACACAGGACAAACAUGAAAAGUCAGUAUCACCUUGAUUCAUUAUAAGAAUGCAAAAAAGAUCACAGAAACACACAGCUUGGGUUUCAUUAUUACCUACACUCUAAAUAUCUCAUAUAUGACAGACCUUAACUGGUAUCAUCGCACUUGCUAUCUAAUGUUGUGGUUGUUGCCUAAUGAUCCUGAUGAUGAUUAUUGUGGAUGACCAGAGUGUGACUUGAAGUCCUGGUUUAGUGCCUCCAGCUGCUGUGUAAUCUGAGCCCCGGACAGCGACAGCCGGGGUGGGCGACAGUCGGGGUGUUUGGCAGGGGGAGAUUUAGGGCUCUUCCUCUCUGUCUUUACUCUCGCUCUCUGUCUCUCCCUCUCUCAAACUUUAUAUUUAAAUAUAGUGCCGAGAGGAGCAGCGGAGGGGUCUUGGAGCAUGAUGGCAGCACGCAGUUUUUGGAUAAUUUUUGGAGUCAUAACUAUUCUCGGGACUUUAACGGGUCUGGUGCAAUGCAACGAGGAGUCACAGCUGAUCAGCCACUUGUUUAAAGGGUACAACAAGAAUAUUCGGCCGGUGGUUCAUCCUGAAGACAGAGUGGAGGUUCAGAUCAAGCUGACUCUCACUAAUCUCAUUUCCCUGAAUGAAAAGGAGGAGACUCUUACGACAAAUGUAUGGAUUGAGAUUCAAUGGGCAGAUUAUCGCCUUGCCUGGAACGCGUCUGACUAUUAUGGCGUUACUGUCGUUCGUGUCCCAUACAACACUGUUUGGCUUCCUGACAUAGUCCUGGAAAACAACAUUGAUGGCAAAUUUGAUGUGGCUUACUAUGCCAACGUGUUGAUCACCAACGAUGGCUGGAUGUAUUGGCUGCCUCCCGCUAUCUAUCGCAGCACCUGUGCCAUUGAGAUCACCUACUUCCCAUUUGAUUAUCAAAACUGCACAUUAGCAUUCAGAUCCCAAACAUACAGUGCCAAUGAAGUGGACCUUAUCUUGGCUUUUGGUGAAACUGGGGAAACUAUUGAAUGGGUGGAGAUCGACCCUCAGGCUUUCACAGAGAAUGGUGAGUGGGCCAUUGUGCAUCGUCCAGCAAGGAAGAUGAUCGACACAAGGUAUUCCCCUGAUGACCUGGAGUAUCAAGAGAUCACAUUCAACCUGAUCAUCCAGCGGAAGCCCCUCUUCUACAUCAUCAACAUCAUCCUGCCCUGCUCCCUCAUCUCCUCACUGGUCGUCCUGGCCUACUUCCUACCUGCACAAGCUGGAGGACAGAAGCUGACUGUGUCCAUUUCUGUCUUGCUGGCUCAGACUGUCUUCCUCUUUCUUAUUGCUCAGAAGAUCCCUGAGACCUCUCUUUCUGUUCCCCUCAUCGGCAAGUACCUGAUCUUUGUGAUGUCCGUCACCACUUUGAUUGCUACUAACCAAAUAGUGGUGCUGAACUUCUCGUUGCGCAGCCCCAGCACUCAUACCAUGUCCCAUAGCAUCAAGCAUUUGUUCCUGGAAAUGGUACCUCGCUUCCUCGGCAUGUCUCCACUGGUGGAUGAUAGUGAGGUGAUGACAGAAGUAAAUGGGGUGAGGGAGAGGCGGCGCAGCUCCUUUGGCCUCAUGCAGAGAGCAGAGGAAUAUGUAAUGAAGCAACCUCGUAGUGAAAUGAUGUUUGACAAACAAAGGGAGAGGCAUGGUCUCACACGAUCAAUAGUGGACAAUAUAGAUGUUAGCAGCACAGCCAAUCUGUACAAGAGUUUGGCCCAAGCUGCACCUGAGAUUAAGCAAUGUGUAGAUGCCUGCAACUUCAUUGCUGAGAGCACGAGACAACAAAAUAACAUCGGCUCUGAAAUUGAAAGCUGGGUACUGAUUGGGAAGAUGAUUGACAAGGUGUGUUUCUGGGCUGCCUUUCUCCUCUUCAUCAUCGGCACCGUGGGGAUCUUCUUAACAGGACACUUCAACCAGGCCCCAGAGUUUCCAUUUCCCGGGGAGAGUAAAAAAUACGAUGGAUGGAAAUAAUAGUUUUUAAAAAAUUGUUUUGCUCUGCUGGGACCUUUUGAAGGUUCAUUGUGCCUCAUACUGGUGAGUAGUCUCGCUCACUGACAGACUCCCAGGCUAAUGGUUGAGUUAUGUCUUUGAGGCAGGAUUUAUAUAUACCACCCAAACUUAUCUUUAUCAACACUUCUCAAGCAAUUGAGAGGUUUCAAACUUGCAACUUAGUUCUAAGUUUGUCAGCUGGGUGUAAGUUCUUAGGAUGCAUUUAUUAAAUCGACUGGUUGGGUCUAGUUUAAAAAGUUGUGUUUCGAAUCAACAUAGCAAUAAUCAUCAUCAUAAAUAUCAUAUUAAAUACAAUUACUUUUGGUUUGUUUUGUGGUAUAUAUGACUCAGCUGUGUGCGUUUAGGUAAGCCCUGACGUCAGGUCAUAGCUGCAUUUGAAGACUGAACCAUGCUGAGAGAAUUCCUUGUAUUGCAGCACAGAACUACUCAACUCAAAACUGCUACAAGACUGUUUUUACAUGGAGCCAUAUACACUGUGCUGAACUGUGUGUAUUCAGAAAAAAAUCAUCACAUGGUUUUAUUUACAUGCUGUGUGCUAAUGCUACCCAUCAUCCAGGGGUUCAAAACAACCAUCCAUGUAUCACACUGAAAAACUGUGUCUAAAUACCCUGCAUGAUGUCUUAUGGGAAGAAACUGUGCAUGUAAAAUGAGCCAGGAAACUCUGAAUUAAAGCCUUAUUCUUCUUACUAUGACUUAUUUAUUAGGAAGUGUUGUUUGAGGUAGAUGGCGUAGUGGGAUAUUGUCUUGAUAUCAUUUAAAAAAAAUAAAUUCCUUAUUUUGUCCCUUA